AACUCCAGCUACAUUGGCGCUCAUAGAAAGCUUGUUCGUGGUGGCUAGGAAGAAUGAUCGAGCUAGUCAUCGCUUGUGUUCAGUGGACGAAUCAAACAAACAGCCACCUGGAAACAUUUUAAAACAUAUAUACAGUUUAUAUAAACAUACAUAUAUUUGUCUUGUGCACCACGAAAGAUUUCUGGAUUACGGCUUUCAUCGGGAUUUGGUAAACUGACCAGCUUGGCAGACCCUUUCUCAGUGGCAAAAGAUAUAUGUUGGACCGAAUUUCAGAGAUCGAUCAAACAGUGAUGCCAACUUUUUAGUCAGACACUCAGCUUGAUACAGACUGGUUGCCAAGAUGGGUACACCACAGUGCUACUACAAUGAGACCAUUGCUUUUUUUUACAAUGAAAGUGGAAAAUAUCUGGCAACAGAAUGGAAUACAGUCAGCCGACUUGUUAUGGGACUUGGAAUCACUGUAUGCAUCUUCAUCAUGCUUGCGAACUUACUGGUCAUGGUGGCUAUCUAUGUAAAUCGCCGCUUCCAUUUUCCAAUUUAUUAUCUUAUGGCCAAUCUUGCAGCUGCAGACUUUUUUGCAGGACUUGCAUACUUUUAUCUAAUGUUCAACACGGGACCCAACACAAGAAGAUUAACAGUCAGCACUUGGCUUUUACGUCAAGGUCUUAUUGAUACUAGCCUCACUGCCUCAGUAGCAAACCUGUUGGCUAUUGCCAUUGAGAGGCAUAUCACUGUCUUUCGCAUGCAGCUGCAUACCCGCAUGAGCAAUCGAAGAGUUGUAAUUGUUAUACUAGUGAUCUGGACCAUGUCCAUUGUAAUGGGAGCCAUCCCCAGUGUGGGCUGGAACUGCAUAUGUGCUAUUGAGACUUGCUCAAACAUGGCCCCUCUAUACAGCAACUCCUACCUUGUUUUCUGGGCUGUUUUUAAUCUUGUCACCUUUGUAGUUAUGGUUGUCUUAUAUGCCCACAUCUUUGUCUAUGUGCGUCAACGGACAAUGAGGAUGUCUCGCCACAGCUCAGGACCACGUCGUAACCGAGAUACCAUGAUGAGCCUCCUGAAGACUGUAGUGAUUGUGCUAGGAGCAUUUAUCAUUUGCUGGACCCCUGGCCUGGUUUUGCUGCUUUUGGAUGUAUUCUGUCCUCAGUGCAACGUUCUGGAUUAUGAAAAGUUCUUCCUCCUCUUGGCUGAGUUUAAUUCUGCUAUGAAUCCCAUCAUCUAUUCCUACCGGGACAAAGAAAUGAGUGCUACUUUCAAGCAGAUUCUGUGUUGCCAGCGCCAGGAAAAUGUGAAUGGUACUACGGAAGGAUCAGAUCGAUCAGCUUCUUCAGUUAACCACACCAUUCUGAGUGGAGUACACAGCAAUGAUCAUUCUGUUGUUUGAAUAUAGACAAUGUGUUUUUGAACAGCAGACAGAGCUGUAAGUAAAGACUGAUAAAACAAAAAGAGGUGGGCAAAGUGUGGGCAUUUCAAUCUGGAUUUAUCUACCAUCCUCUAGUUAUCAGCUGGGAUCCUUGGAAACUUUAUGGUAUGACAUUACAAAGAUUUAGGAUCGAACAAGAAUCUACCUGAAACAGAAUGAUUUGUUCAGUAUUUUCUUUCGUCUUUAACUCUUAGUAUUUGAAGCUAAGCUUCUCCAUUUCACCUAAGUAUUAUCAGCCUAUGGAAACAUCAGCUGGCACCACUGUUACACAAAUUUUGCAAUGUUCAGUUUAACUGUAAACCUAUGCCAACUAAUCUGUAUUUACACAUAAAUUUUUUAUGCUUUAAAUAACAUUUUACAUGUAAAAAGCUUUAGCAUCCACACUAUCAGCAUGCUUGUGAUGAAUGUUUUUCAUUCCUGGAUAUUCCAUUGACUUGCGUUUAUAAAGCUACACUGCCAAUACACCUUAAAAUUAUAUUUUUAUAUUUCAAGUUAAACUAAUGAGAUGUAAUUUGUGUUCUGAUCUUUGUAUUAAAGCAUAAUAACUAUAAGAAUUAAAAAAUAUUAAGUAACUUCUUUAUAAAAAAGGGAAAUAUGUUUUAACAUACCACAAAAGAAAAGACAGAACUCUAUAAAUAUAUAAAUGUAUAUUUGUUUACAUUUUGUUAAUAAAGAAGGUGGCAGUUUU